CAGAACCUUGCCAAUCUGAACUAUGUCUGGAUUAAGGAAAGCAAAGAAAUAUGACUGGAAGGAUUCUAAUCUGGCUUUGUUUGGAUCAGACACAGAAAAAAAUAUCAAAAAGGAAUCUGCUGCCACAGAGCCUGCAUGGCAGAAAGCAGGUCAGGAAGUUGGCAUUCAGAUCUGGAGAAUUGUGAACUUUAAAGUGACACAAUGGCCAAAAGAGGACUAUGGAAAAUUCUACAAUGGUGAUUCUUACAUCAUUCUGAAUACCUAUAAAGAAGAUGAUGAGGAAGAGCUACAAUAUGAUGUCCAUUUCUGGAUUGGUUCACAAAGUACACAGGAUGAGUAUGGUACAGCAGCAUACAAGACCGUGGAGCUGGACACAUUCCUCAAUGACAAACCUGUCCAGCACAGGGAGGUACAGGGGUUCGAAUCUGACAUGUUCAAGAGCUAUUUCAAGACCAUCACAAUAAUGAAAGGCGGUGCCGAUACGGGAUUCAGGAAGGUUAAACCAGAGGAGUACACUCCUCGCCUUCUCCACUUCUCAGGAACCAGAAAGAAUGUAGAAGUAAGGGAGGUAACCCGUAACAAAAAGAGCCUGAACUCUGGUGACGUGUUUAUCUUAGAUCAUGGACUUAAGAUUUAUCAAUGGAAUGGUAGUGGCAGUAAUAAGGAUGAGAGGAUGAAGGCAAUGCAGUUCUUGAUUCAGUUGAAAAGUGAAAGAAAUGGAAGACCAAACACUGAGACCCUUGAUGAGGGUAGUACUGAACCUGGGCAUGACUUCUUCAAGAGCUUGGAUGAGGAAGAUGAUGGAGAUGACGAUGUUAGCGGUUUUGUUGCACAGGAUGACCAGAAGGAACUGUACCGUCUCUCCGAUGCUAGCGGUCAACUGAAUUAUAAACUGGAGAAGAAGGGUGAUGUGUCAAUGGGUGACUUUGAUACCAAGGAUGUUUUUCUCUUGGACACAAAGAAGUCAUUGUUUGUUUGGAUAGGAAAAGGAGCCAGUGAAGCAGAAAGAAGAAAUGCAAUGGGUUAUGCACACAAUUUUCUACAGAAAACUAAUCAUCCCUUGGUACCAGUCUGCUGUUUAGCAGAGGGUGGCAGACAGGAUGCCCAGUUUCAGAUGGCUAUUGCAGCUUAGAAAACCACAAAACUGUAAUACAUACUGGGGGAGGAAAAUAGAAUAGCCAUUAAUAAUAUUUAAUGUAGGGGGGAAAACUGACAAUUUUUUUAUAAUUUUGUAUUCCGAUAUCACAAACUUGUUAUAAUUCUACGCAUUGACAUAAGCUGCCAUUUGUAUUCUUUUUGUUUUGGUUAUCUUUUGUUGUUAAGUCUUAAUAUUGCUAUUGUCUUUAGUAAUGCUAUAUUUGUAAUUGCUCUAAUUCCUGAAGCUGCCAUUAUUUAUUUAUUUGAUUUUAUACAUUUGUCCAACAAUACUAAUUUAGACAAAUAUUUAGGUACAAAGGAUUGAGAAAAAAGAGUAAAGUUUAAGUAUAUUUAAUUGUAGAGUUUGCAUCUAUAAGCAGAAAUUUUUAAUGUUGUGGUAUUGAUAAUAAUUUUAUGUGUGAGAUGUAUUCUAAAUUUACUGGGUUGUUUGGGGGUUUUUUUUAUUAGAAAUUAUUGCUGAUAAAAAUGCAUGAAUGGAUUUAAGCAGCCCACUUCAUCUACUCUAAUUUAUUAGUAUUUUUCGUAUUUUUUUUUUCUGCAUUUAAAUUUUUUUUCUUUGUUUACAUAUAAUGGGACCAUGUUACGUUGUACAUGUAUUGUAUUUUACUUAUUAUGUAAAGUGCACUUAUUACUUGAGACCAAAACUUUUUAUAAUGUGAUAAUAUUCUUGUAUGAUCAUAAAUAAAUCUUUAUGAUAAAUGAAGUUGCAGUGGAAUCUUAAAUCACUUUAAAAAAAUCAAAACCAUGGCUGUUUCAAGAUAUAUAUUUCCAAUGUUUUUUUUUUUACAUUAUUGUUAAUGACAUUUAACAGUCUUGUCCUAUUUAAUUAUCAUCAAAAUCAAAAAUUAAUUCUUCGGCUUGUCGUUUUUUGAACUCUAUGACCAUUUGUGAAAAAGCAAAACACUUCUGUCGUAUUAUAUUUAAGGGGUUCCUUCAUAAAAUAGUAAAAGUUUUUCUUUAAUAUUUGUUUUGAACAAAAUUUACAAAAUGAGUGUGCUGUUUUGGCUUUCUAGAGAGUUUAUAAUUGUUAUACUUACAGUUUAUAGUAUACAAGUGUUUCCUCACAAAUUUUAACGAAAGAAAAAUAAAGCAUUAUAUAAAUUUAAAUCAAAUUAAUUGAAUCAAAACUAGUGAAAUCGACAUGACAGUAAAAGUUAAAGAUUUUUUGAUUUUUGAAAAAUGUAUGCAUAAUCUUUUUUCUUAUUUUUUGUAUACAUUUAAACAUUUUUGCUUUCAGUUUACACAAAACUCCUGUGAUUGUGUAAUUUUACAAACUAUUUCCACAUUUUUAUACACAUCUAAAUCGGGUAUUUCAGAAUUUCAAUUUCAUGUUUUUUUAUACUUGUUCUUGUGUAUCUAUUUGUUUACAAACACUUUGUCAUUUACUUACUGAUGUAAUUUUUCUAGUUUGUCUAGUGUCUUCAUUACAGCAUUUUGAUCAAGUAUUCUCUGUUUUACAAUAUAUAUUUAACUAUACUAAGAAUCAAAUAUUUCUAUAUUUUCUCUUUUAUUCGUUGUGUUUAUUUUUUGUGUGUUUUUUUUUUGCUAGUUCAGGCAUUAAAGCUGCAUGCCUCCAGAUGAGCCAAAAAUUUUCCAAGAAAAUUAAACAUCGGAAAAUGUACUAAGAUUUUAAGAAAGUAAACAGAUAAAAGAUUCUUAUGAUAAUUUAUAUCUUAUGUGCAAUUAAUGACUGAUUUUUGCAGUAUUUAUCACCAUAUUUCCACUGCGUUACUAAUGCAGUAGGGGUUAUUUUUGCAUAUUUUGACCUCAUUUUGGUAAUUUACCUGGAUUAUAAGUGCCGAUAUGCAAUAUGUCAAUAACUUUCUUUGUUCUGGAGGCAUGCUGCUUUAACCUAGUCUUCAAUAAGUUUUGUUUAUGUUUAUACUAAAAAAAAAAUCUUGCAUUUGAUUUUAAGUUUAAAUUUCUGUUACAUUAUUUAAAAUUGCUAAUGCUUAUGUCAAAGCAUUUGUUAAAGUUUUGUUUUUUCUAUACACUUUUUUUUGUGUACACUAACAUUUUUGUACAGCGCAAUAAUUCUCUAGUGCUAUAAUGGAUUUAUACAUUUAUUCAUGAUUGUCUCUAUAUAUAUAUCUACGUUAUGUCAGUUUGGGCAAAUAAAUUAUAGCAAUAAACUAAA